AUGUCUUUGUUAAAAUUAAAUUUUCAAACAUCAGCUAAAACUUAUUGGAAUCAAACAUUUAGUGAAGAUGCAACAUUAAAUGAAAUGGUUAAACAAUUGGAGGAAACAGGCAAAUAUCAACCAAAUCAGAAUGAAUAUGUAUUAAUGUAUGACGAUCAAGUUCUCACAAACAGAGACCAAACAUUAAAGGAACUCAGUGUAAAGAAUGACGAUCACUUUAACCUAGUCGAUAAAAAGCAUUACAAUAGCGAUAAGGUUUUGAAACUUUUCGUUGAAAAAUUAGACACACAAGAUACACCAAUCAUUUUCGAAAAUUUGAAACACUACCAAACUAUCCGAUCUUUAAUCAAAGAGAUAUCUGCUCUAAUCAAUGUAGAUGCUUCAAAACUGGCAAUUGUUUACUCUGGUAAAAGAUUAAAUGAAUAUAGGACACUAUCAAAUUCGGCACUCUGUCAAGGUGAAACAUUAAAAUUAUUAAUUUUGAAAUGA